AUGCGACUGCAGACGCAGCGCAGGUACACGACCUGUGGCGCAGACAUAGCACAGUUGCUCAAUGGAAUCUGCAAUACAAGUGAGAUUUUAAUCCAAAAUCUGAUGGAAUUAGUUGAUGCGACCCUUAGAGAAAAGGCACACUGUUUCGCGCUGACAUGCGACCGCAGAUGCAGCGUAGACGCAGCGCAGGUAUACGACCUGUGGCGCAGACGUAGCGCAGUUGCUCACUGGAAUAUGCAAAAUGUUACCUGCAGCCGCACUUCGGGUGCAGGUCCAGCACAGUCCAGACGCAGGGACGUGACUAUUGCAGAAAAGAAGAAACAUAAAGGGAACCAGGCCUUCCGAAGGAUGGAGCGCUCACCACUUCAACAGUUGUCCAACAGAAAUACCAAACCACCUAAUGCUGUACAGGAUUUGGAGGUGGAAACAGGCAUUCAAGCUACUGGUGCGACUGGCGUUAACAACGUGGAAUCUUCUCAAGGCAAAGAUCGAGCAAUCGUGCUUUAUGAUGAAUCGAGGCAGAAAGAUCCAUCGGCGUGUAAAGCAAUAGUCUUGAGUGAAGCGUCAGACGAACCAGAAACUAUGCUGGUUUGUCCAAUGAACGACAAUGAUGAUGAACUGACGUUAACUGAAAUCGCUCGUGCUUCAAAAAGUCGCGGACAGAAAAAGGAAGUGCACAUGAAAGGCUCCUCUAAUUCGUCGCGGAAGAGAAAAAGAAGCAUGAAUGAUGGUCAAAUAACAUCAUUUGUUCCAGAAUUGAUCAAUACACAUCCCAAAAGCUUCGUGAAUGAAGUAAGGGCAUUGACUGGGAUUAAGCACCGGAACAUUGUGAACCUCUAUGGCUAUUGUUCGUAUGCACAACACUCGUUCUUGGUUUACGAGUAUGCGAAGAGGGGGAGUUUGUCUAGUAUUUUAAGCAAUGAAGUUGAGUCCAAGAAACUGGAUUGGCUUAAAAGGGUGAAUAUCAUCAAAGGCGUUGCGUUUGCUUUAUCUUACAUGCACCAGGAUUGUUCACCGCCGAUUGUUCAUCGAGACAUAUCAAGCAGUAAUGUUUUGCUUGAUUCCGAGUACGAAGCUCGUGUUUCAGAUUUUGGCAUAGCUAAGCUUCUCAAGCCAGACUCAUCCAACUUCACUGCGCUUGCAGGCACAUAUGGCUACGUUGCACCUGAGCUUGCAUAUACAAUGAAGGUUACAAAAAUGUGUGACGUCUAUAGCUUUGGAGUAUUAGCAUUGGAGAUAAUCAAAGGAAAGCAUCCUGGUGAGUACAUUACUGUGCUAGCAAAUUCAUCUACUAUGGAUCAUCAUGUGCAACUUAGUGAUUUUCUAGAUGAACGCCUUCCGUAUCCUGAAGAUAGAGUAAAUGAACUUUUGGUUUUUAUCAUCAAGAUAGCAAGCUCUUGUUUGGUUGAAACUCAAAAAUCAAGGCCAACAAUGCAAUUCAUCUCUCAUAAGUUAUCAUCAAUGGAUGCUUACGCCCACCCAUAUUCAUGUAAGGCAAGCUUUCUAAUUCCGUAAAGUGUCUUUGAAUGAAAAUG